UUUUGCCAACAUUUGAAGCAAAAACCAAAUCCACUCAAUCGCCCAUUUCUUUCUGUACACGGUCACCUCUUUCUUCUCCAUUUUCACUCUCUUUUUCUCUUGCCCUACCUUUCCCUUUCUUCCUUUCGCCGAUCACCCACUGUUUCUCAUCCAUCAAACUCAGCACAUUCACCAUUCCAAACUUCUUCUCUUUUCACUUUCUUCAACCCCAUUUUAUUUCACCUCUCUCUUCUUCUUUUUCCCCUUUCUGAUUCAUUCUCUAAAUACCCAGUUAGGAUUCUCUCUGUUUUCUCUCCUUUUCAUUUCCCCCUCUAUUGCUUUUCUUUUUCUUCCCUUCCCUUAUGAGCUCUGUCAAGCUCACAGUCCCACCGUUUCCCUGCUACUUCCUCUGUACUUUACUUCAAUCGAUUUAGAUCUGACUUUGUUCGAGGAAAUCUAGCCGUUAUCUGUUACUUCGAUUCAUUGGGCGUUUCGGCUUAAUUCUAUUUACUUGCUUGCCGUUUAUUUGAGUUACUUCUCUUAAAUUUCUCCCGUUGGUUUGUGGCUAGAUCGUUGAUUACAUGAAAUGGGUUUCUCUUUUGAGCUUGUUUUGAUUGUUUCUGAGCAAUAUUAGAAUAUACUUCGAAUGAUUUCCAUUCUUUCUUCUUCUUUUUACACGAGGCCAGUUGGGAUUCUGGCCAAUUUGUUGUUGGUCGCUUUAAUAACAGCAUUGGAGAUUUUGGCAGAGGAGUGAGUGACAGAAAUAGUAGCUUUGUGCGAGUUAUCAAUCUGAGGUUAAGUGCAUUUUUCGGAAUGAUAGGGCGUAAAGCGAAUGUGGGUGGCUUUUUAAAUCCGUCAUGGAUGAGGAAGAACAUGAAUUCUCAUUCAGGAAGGAUGUUCAGCGAUAGAAAAUGGAUUGUUCCGUUCUUUGCAAGUCUGCUCAUUUCAGUUACCCUGCUUCUAACAGCUACUUUAGGGUUGUUUAUUCCUUCACAAAGUGAUGAGCCAUUGCCAUUGGAUGCUGUUUCGUUUGUAAAAGAGGAGGAUUCGAGUGGUUUUUUCAUUGAGCCUGAAUUAAGAAGUUCAUUGAAAGAAACAAAUGGUGUUGUGAAAAUGGAACCUCCAAGAUUAGCCUAUCUAAUUUCGGGUACAAAAGGCGACAGUCGGAGAAUGAUGAGGACUUUGCAGGCUGUAUAUCACCCAAGAAAUCAAUAUGUUCUGCACAUGGAUCUGGAGGCUCCACCUCGAGAAAGAUUGGAGCUGACGAAUCUAGUGAAGGCUGAUUCAACAUUCAAUGAGGUAGAGAAUGUGCGUGUAAUGGCUCAAUCAAAUUUGGUUACAUAUAAAGGUCCUACAAUGAUUGCUUGCACGCUUCAAGCAAUAUCGAUUUUGUUGAAGGAGAGUCUGGAUUGGGACUGGUUUAUAAAUUUAAGUGCUUCAGAUUAUCCAUUGAUGACACAAGAUGAUUUGCUUCAUGUGUUUUCCAACUUGACUAGAAAUUUCAAUUUUAUUGAGCAUUCGCAGAUUGCGGGGUGGAAAUUGAGUCACCGAGCGAAACCAAUCAUCAUCGAUCCAGGUCUUUACUUAUCCAAAAAGUCGGAACUUGCUUGGACAACUCAAAGACGCUCACUUCCAACAUCCUUCAAGUUGUUUACAGGUUCGGCAUGGGUAAUGCUGACACGAUCAUUCGUUGAGUAUUGUAUAUUGGGAUGGGAUAAUCUCCCACGAACCAUCCUCAUGUACUACACAAAUUUUCUCUCAUCGCCCGAGGGCUAUUUUCACACUGUAAUCUGCAAUAACGACGAAUUUAGACACACUGCAGUAAGCCAUGACCUCCAUUACAUUGCUUGGGACAAUCCUCCAAAGCAACAUCCACUCUCUUUGACAAUGAAGGACUUUGAUAAAAUGGUGAAUAGCAAUGCCCCAUUUGCUCGAAAGUUUGCCAAGGAUGAUUCCGUCUUGGACAAGAUAGAUAAAGAACUGCUUGGCAGAACGAGCAGAUUUUCUCCAGGGGGAUGGUGUAUCGGGAGCUCGGAAGGCGGUGCUGACCCGUGCUCGGUACGUGGAAACGAUUCUGUGUUCACGCCAGGCCUCGGGGCUGGCCGGUUGCAACAGCUUCUUCAUUCACUGUUGUCCGAAGAAAUUUUGAAAAAACAGUGUACAUGACAAAAUAGGUAUAAGAAAAGCUCACAGUUUUACAUCUCAAUUGUAUAUCAUUGCAUCCAUAGAAUUAUGAGGCUAUUAAAAAUGACCCAAUUUUGCUUUUUCCAAAUUUUAA